AAUAUAUUAUAUGCAAAGAUGCAACUCAGUGGACUGUGGACUAACCUAAUCUAUAGAAAGAUUUUAUUGAUUAAAUCCUGUCACAAAUUGCAAUCAACAAACCAAUUACAUCCAUGAUCCUAUCAAUAUCAACAAUUGUUUAAGUUUCAUGGAUUGGGUUGUACUGUAAAUAUGGAAGAACACGUUAUUUACUGAAGAGUAAUAGUUUUAAUGUAAAAAUGUGUACCUCAGUGUACUUAGGGGCAUUGCAUUAACCAAAGAAUGGUGAAAAUGAAAACUAAAAGUUUCUUGUUGUUUUCGACAACCGUUUUUGCUAUUAGUAUAUUUUUGAUAGUUUUCCACUCGCAGCCACCGCAGUCAUUUCAAAGUAUAGUUUCUCAAACCCAUCAACAUAUAAAAAACUUCCAGGCCUCUUUGCCCCAGGAGCAGCUACGGGAUGUCGAAGAGCGUCACCUGGUGCAAGAAGAGCGUUACCUCAGCCUUGUUGGGUUGGCUGGGCAUGUUGAGCUUUGGAAGAACACAACCGUACCUGUGCUUGUAACUCAUGCUCGCAAUGAUGAUCAUGCACUAGUUGUAGCCUUUAUAAGGGCAGCUCAGAAACUUCCAUACACCAUACUUGUCUACAAUCUUGGCCUCAAACCCUAUUCAUUAAAUGUGAUUUCCAACUACUGCAAUUCAUCAAAGUGUGUCGUGAUAGAUUUCGAUCUCACAGCAUUCCCUGCGCACGUCAACGACGAGAGCAUCACUGCCUUUCGACCGCUUAUCAUUCAGCACGCGCUGAGCCGCGUGGGCGGGGUGGUGUACUGCUCCGCGGCCAGCAGAUGGCGCGGGUCGGCGGCCGAGCUGGAGGCGACGUGGCGGGGUGCGGCGGCGUCGCUGGGCGUGGUGGCUUGGCCGCGGAGAGCCGCCGUCACCUCUCUCACGCACCCGCACAUGUUCACCUACUUCCACGCCGACGUCGACGACUUCCUCUUCGUGCAGAUGCUCGACACGUCGCGGCUCGUCUUGGCCGCCUGCGACCGCCUCGCGCCUCUCAUGCGGCCCUGGGUGCAGUGCGCACUCACCGCCGACUGCAUCAUGCCCGUCGGCGCUCAGUCGGAGGGCUGCCGUUUCGACAAGAAGCCGCAAUAUCGAUAUUCGGGGUGCCACGGACAGGACGCGUCGGCGCUGAGCAUCAUCCUGGGGCUCCGCAGCGGGUUCGAAGAGAGCGGCUACACGGGCUCGGCGGGCCGAUGGGGCCGCGCGUCCGCACCGGCCGCCCAGAGGGCCUUCUCCGCCCAGAGGCCCCUCUCCGCCGGCCGCAACGGCUCCACCACCCCCCGCCCCGACGAACGCUCCGACCGCACGGACCGCUACGACAGCCGCUAGAACCGGGUACGUUCCCCGCUAAGGGCGAUCGUCUCCACUUCCAGCUUCGUCCCGAACGACCGAGUGAUAUGGAUUCAAUGUAUUUUUGAGUUAAUCAAUAUCGUACGUAAAUAUGAAUCUUAACGAGUAUUGCGCUUAGCAUUUAGCGUUAAUACUUUGCGUGCGAUAUAUUUUAAGUAAAUUAAAAACGCAAAAUUGUGGCGAACAAAUAUUGAUAUUGGUUCGGGAGAGAUAGGUCCGUCUAGCGCCAGCACAAAUGUGAUCUCAAUUAUUUUUGGCAAUUUAUUGAAGAGUUUACUUUUUAAUGAUUCAAGCGUCGAGAGCUCUGCGCUGCGAACAGAAAGCUCGGAAUAUUAUUUCGCAUCGAAAUAUUGUGUUUCAGCGGAUUUGAAGUACAAUUGCACAAUUUCCUUUUAUAAUCGUCGAUGUCGACAUUACUCUGAGUAAAUUAUUAAGUAGGUACAGUCAUUAUUGUAAUAUUUUUUAUUUUUGUAAUUUUAUACUUACCGCGUACAAUAUUAUUUUGUUUAUUUUUCUAAGCUUUAGAGGGCUUAUUUAUGUGCAGUCAUUUUUGCGUAUAUCCUGUGGCGCUUAGCUUAUUACCCACUUGUAAAGUAUUAACCGUGUUGGGUCUCUCGAUAGUUACGACUUUUGACAGAAAAACUUUGUAUAAAGGUAGAAAUUUUGUAGAUAGUUGAUUUAUAUUUAAUAACAAUAGAUUCAUGGAUACAAAUAAUAACUCAGAAGUAGCGAUGGAUCUAGGUUAUGGCUGUCCAUCUUAAAUUACUCAGUAUUUAUAGAAAAUGGCUUUUAUAUUCCGUAUUGUACAUUGAACUUGUGCUAGUCCUCUUCUAUUUGUUAAUAAUUCUUAAUGCGCUCGUCCUAAGGUCCAAUAAUUAUUUUAGUGUUUAUUACUACAUAUGUAUCUUAAUUGUAUUUUGUGCAAUAUUAGCUUAUUAUCGAACCCUACGAGUGAUACCUUUAUGCUCCUUUAUUUAAAAUAAAUGGUCCAUAUAACGAUUUCAGUGUCUAAGUGUUUAAUGUAUGACCUGCGCUGGGAACCGAUUCCACAAAUCGCUAGUUGAGAAAAAGGAAACGGUUUGUAAAGCGAACUGUGGAAGAUUUCUAGCCAACCAGACUAGUAGUAAGAAUAUUCUAAAACGACAUGGCACAUUAUUUACAUUCCUAUGGUUUAAUUUAAAACAUACACUGAGCUCAAAAUAUUGUCUCUAUAUAUCACUCUCUUAUAUAUUUAAUAAAACCAUUUGUGGACUUACUGAAUAUUGA